AUGUGCAACUCCCAUCCUGAAUCUAUUGAUCAUCUCUUUCUGACCUGUGACUUUGCGAAAGAAUGCUGGAGUGUGGUGCCCGACAUACCUCUUAUCUCGGAUCAACAAUUUCAAGAUUGGAUAGCGGGUUUAUUGAAAAAUCUGGAUUGCGAGCGCUUAAAACUUGUCACGGUGGUCUGCUGGAAGAUUUGGGAAGCAAGGAACAAUGUUGUUUGGCAUAACAAAAGGUCUAGUGCAGUAAAUAUAGUUGCCAAAGCAGGUACUUUCUUGGAUGCUUGGAAUUCUGUCCACAAUGCAAUUGUUGUAACUAGUAGACCUGCUGAAACAGUCAGGUGGAAGAAACCCCCACUUGGCUACCUCAAGUGCAAUGUUGAUGCGGCUAAUGAUUUCAAUAACAGGAAGACAGGGAUUGGUUGUAUUAUAAGGGAUGACAAGGGUAGUUUUGUGGCAGCUUUGCAGACACAGAUUGAGGGCUCAUACCAUCCUAAAACCGCAGAAGCUAUAGCAGUUAGAGAAGCCCUGAAGUGGAUUAAAAUUCUGCACUAUCAAUCUAUACUGGUGGAAUCUGAUGCUCUCCUUGUUAUAAAUGGUCUGAAGGAUCUCUCUUGUAUUACCUCCUUUGAUCUCAUUUUAGAUGACAUUAGGAAUCUAGCUAUUGAUCUCAUUGAUGUUAGCUUUUUAUUUGCUAAACGAUCUGCGAAUAUGGCAGCCCAUUUGCUUGCUAGGGAAGCCAUGUUCAAUGCUGAUCGUAAGGAAUGGAGGACUGCUCCUCCUUCCAUCCUUUUUUCUGUACUGGUUGAUGAUUUGGUUUAA